GAUGGGGCAUUGCGUGCUUUCACGGGCGAGCAAAGAGGCUCUUCGGCUUUGACUAGCAUCUCAAAUCCAUCGUAACGGACAGCUUGACUUGGAGACGAUGAAACCCCGAUCGAUUCGCUGGAUCGGUCUUUCAGGUUCGGGCAAGAUCAACUAUAAGGGGACGUUGAAUUAUUUAGAACGGAUGGCCGUACAAACGGAAUGUGAAGAGCAGGACGGUCGGUCGGUCGGUCGUUCUCACCGGAUUUGUACAAAUGAUUCGCCGGCUUCACGUGUCUCGACUGUUCGAAGUUUGAACGCCCGUCGGUGCUUCCAAUGUUCGAGUCGAGCGGGGGAGGCACGGCAGCAAUCUUGGAAUGCGAGGGCCGAUGAGCAAUGACGACGCCCAGCAGCGAGCGAGAGGAGGAACGCGAAGCCGAGCCGACAUGUCCACGCGCGUCGUUGCCGAUGGAUGAUCUCUGUGCUCUUCACCUGCCAUGCAUCUCGAGCAAGCGAGUCAGCCAGCUCGGUUACCGUGAAAAUUCCUCGGCAAGUUGGCACCGUCCAACUGCCACAAUCGAUCGUUCUCGAUACGAGCUUCUUGAGAUUUCGGAACCUUACGAUCGCCAGAUUCGAAACUUGAAGCGAACUCCAGCCGGAACACGGUCCUCUUCCCGUUGCAGCUUCGGCGAAAUGCAAAGGGAGCCUCGCAGCGACAAACGUUGGCUCCUUCGUGUCCUGCCACCUGUUCGUUAUGUCGACGCGCCGUGUCAGUGAUCCGGGAGUCUAGUCUUGUCCCGUAGAGUAUAAAGUCGCUGUAAAUUUUUCCUUGAUUGUAAAAAGCUCACGUUGAAUAGUCGGUUGCACAGCGCUUGACAUUUCUAAUUUAGCCCCACUCGUCCGUCCAUCCAUCGGUGCUCUCUCGCUCUUCUGGGGAGGUCCAAUUGUGCUCUUCGGAGGUCAUUGCUGUGCAAUUUCUCUCUACUUUCAUCUCGCGUUCGAAUUGUCGUUGUCAGACCGCGCAGGCCGUCCACUCACUCAUUGUACACCAGAUCGACAAAAGCAGAAUCUAAUACUUCGGCAUACAUCGCGUCAGACCAUUCCGGACAUGCUCCAUGUUGUCUUUAGCGAGUUGACCCGUCGAUAUAUUUGGAGUGGACUGCAAUUCAUCUUUAGUGGUCGGUACUCAGAUAGUGGUAGAUUUGAAUUCGUGCAACUGUGGCAUCAGGCCAUUGAGCCUUCGCGAUUCUGAAGGCCAGCACAUUCAACACGUCCUCGAGCUCCCUAUCUUUCCCUGAGUAGGUACUUUUCUUAGUCUUAGAUAUAUCCAUGCCUGAAUUCAAUUCUGUCCCUCCCACUUGUUAAAGUACAAUACCUUGUCAGAAGACGAGUUUUCGAGUGGAAGUUUGCUCGCUGCGUCCGAUUUUGUUGGAAUCUGGACCGAUUCUAUAUGAUCGCGGACUUUGGGCUGUCAGCUGUCGGGGGUUCGUGCUUUGAGCGAAGUCUCCUUCCCUGCAGACAAUCACGCACUCUUGUCCAAGCAAGCUGGCAAUCCAGUUCCUCGCAGCAUCAUCGCUUCUUGGACCUCGCAACUCGACUUGAAGAACAAUAAUACAUUGAUGAUUCCGGGUCUUCACCUUCCCUGCUGUGAUCCAAUUGCUUACCGGGAUAGAUUCUUAAGGCGAGAGUACUAGUCAUAGAGUUUCCUGGAUGGCCAACAUGCCGAGGAUAACUCCUCACUGGAAAGAUUCAUCUUACGGCACGAAGCUCACGCAUCUGCUCUCAGCUCGCUCCAUCGGUCUCCUUUGUUGCUCACUCUUUCUGAGUCUACUCGUUUUCGCUGCACAAUUCUCAGUCACCUUCGCGGCCGGCACGGAUUCCCCUGACUUCAAAAAAUUGGCGAGCACAUCCACAGUUGGAAACUUUAGACCGAUUCGUGACCAUGGUUCCGAGACGAAGCUCCCAAGAGCGACGAAACCUUUCCUGGAGUUCUCGAAGCAGCGGACUCAAGCAAAGCACGAAGUCGUCGGCGUCCUGGGUGAGGAGGAGAUGGUCCGCAGUAAUGGCAGGGAGAUUCUUGAUGGCGUACAAACUAUUUUAGUUGUCUCUACCGAUGGAUAUCCAAAUCAUUUUUCUACGGUGCAGGCUGCAGUGGAUGCAGUCCCCAUGUGGAAUUAUGUCAACUGGAUAAUCUUGAUCAAACCCGGCAUAUACUAUGGCACUGUCAUAGUUCCACAAGGCAAGAAUCACAUAACACUUCUUGGCGAGGAUCCUGCGACUACCACUUUGUCCUGUCAGAGGAGUGCAAAAGAUACUCCCAUGGGCAUUCUGGACAGCCCCUGUGUCAUUAUCGAGGCUUCUUUCUUCGUCGCCAAAAAUAUCGCCUUCGAGAACACCUCUCCGAAACCUGCCGAACUCGACUAUAACGCUCAAGCACCAGCAAUCCGAGUCUCUGGAGACAAUUCCUCAUUUUACGGAUGUUCGUUUCUGGGGUGGCAAGACACGCUGUUUGCGGACCAGGGUCGGCAGUACUACAAAGACUGCCGAGUGGAGGGCAGUGUGGAUUACAUACUGGGCUAUGCUCGCGCGGUCUUCGACAACUGCACCAUCUACUCAAGAUCGGGAGGGUUCAUCACCGCGCAAAGUCGGUGGUGUGAUGCGGAGUGUACAGCUGCUCAAUCCGCCUUUGUCUUCCUUAACUGCACUCUGACAGGGUACGGGCCUACGUACCUUGGGCGUCCUUGGAGAGAGUAUGCGAAGGUUUUGUACAUCGAUACUUGGAUGGACUCUCACGUUGUUUCUCAGGGAUGGGAAGAUUGGCUCGAAGGGACCUCGCCGAUGUUCCCACACGAUAAUGUCUACUUUGCAGAGAGCAACAGCCGGGGACCUGGAGCAAACCCUCAGUCGCGAAUCGUUUGGUCACACCAGAUUGGAGAAACGGAGGUGGAAGCUAAUAUGUAUCGAGAUAUCAUGUCUUUUUUGGACGGGCAGAGUUGGAUUCAACAACCACCAUCAGUCCAGGCUGUCCUUCGCUCAGAUCUCAUGAGAAGUUUGAGUCCCUACUCAUCCAUCGAAGGUGACGCAGUGCCCGAAGAGACCGAUCGCUAUCCCAAAAGACGCGGCAAAGGCCUACAUUUCAAAUUGCUAGACUGAUCCUCGUGAUGAAAUUAAAAUAUCCACAAUCAAUUUGAAUAUCGAUUAUCCAGAGUAGUAUUUCUGCGGAUUCUAAAGUGCCCCUGCUCCGAUAUUAGAGUCCAUUUUUAAAAUAGAAGAGGAAUGCGUACGCAUAUUUCCUUUUACAUUAGUUCUUAGCUUUCUCUGCUCACCCUUGACGGGUGGGCUCACACUUGUACAGUGGAUGCUGAAUUCCGUAGAGAGGACAAGAAGCUAGAAGUCAAAAUUUUUCCUCCAUGGGAACUGGCUACUAUGCUCGAUGCUGGGUUCUUAGAUUAAAUCACUCUUGUAAUUACAUUUUUUACGAAACCCAACUAUUUCGAAAUUGAGGAUGCGACGGCGUCGAGAAUCGUCCAAAUUUUG